CGUUCGACCUUGUUUUUGUUGUUUAAUUUUUGAGUGCGGCUGCGCGUUACUCAAUGCUUUCGCCGUUGCUGACACGACCUGGCAGCAAAAAUAGUGUCAAUCACAGUGGAUUUGCGUGCUAACUGUUUCGAUUUUUGACCGGGGAGCUCAGGAGAAGAACUAACGAUAGAAACGAUCACCUUAGCCUGCGACCAACCGACCUCUCCCGUAUGUGAUCGCCCUCCUCGUCGACGGACGCUACCAGCGAGGGCCAAGGGACAAAAUAGCGAAACGCCAUUAUAUGAUCAAGUGUCCAGCGUCACUUUUCACCUCCAUGUGGGUGAGGGAGUUGUGUGUGUCAGAUUAUGGCGAGAAAAACAGUUAGCAGGAAAAGGAAGGCAGGAGAGCCCAAGGACCAACAACAGCUGGGCUGGUGUCAGGUGCCACACAAGCGGAGCCAUGUUUCUUGUUCGUCCCGUCAUGCCCAGCCAUGGUGGUGCAGUCGCCAGUCUGUGGUAUGUGCUCUCCGUGGGCGGGAGUUCAGACCUCAGCAGCAACAUGAGCUGCAGCUCCAGCGGAGCCUACGGGGCUUUGCAGCGGGACGGCUCCCGGGUAUCCUGAAGGAGAAGGAGUUCUCUCUGGGCAGACUCAACAAGGUGUUUGCUUCACAGUGGCUCAACCACCGGCAGGUUGUGUGUGGGACCAAGUGCAACACGCUUUUUGUAGCAGAUGUCCUGACGGGGCAGAUAACCCGUAUUCCCAUGCUGAAGGACAGGGAAUGUCACUGUUCAGGCUCCACAGCUGUGGGUGCUAUGGUGGCGUGUCGACACUACUACCCGACUGGAGGUUCUCGAUCACGAAUGGACCAGCAGGGCUGUGGAAUCCAUGCUAUUGAACUCAAUCCCUCCAGAACACUGCUCGCUACCGGAGGAGACAACCCCAACAGCUUGGCCAUCUACCAGUUGCCCACACUGGAUCCUGUCUGUGUUGGAGAUGAUGGCCACAAUGACUGGAUCUUUUCUAUAGCAUGGAUCAGCGACAACAUGGCAGUUUCUGGCUCCAGAGAUGGCUCCAUGGGCCUGUGGGAGGUGACGGAGGAAGUCAUGAGUCAGGCUGAAAGAAGCCAGACGGAGGAAGCAGUACCCUCCUACGCCCACAUCUCCCACCGUGCCCUCAAGGACAUCCCAAAGGAGUGUACCAAUCCGUACAAUUGUAAAGUCCGUGCCCUGGCAUUCAACAACAACCAUAAAGAACUGGGUGCUGUGUCUUUGGAUGGCUAUUUUCACCUCUGGAAAGCUGAGCAAAGUUUGUGUAAGAUAUUGUCCACUAAGCUACUUUACUGCAAAGAGAACGUGUGUUUGGCUUAUGGACAGGACUGGUCAGUGUACGCUGUAGGGUCUCAGGCCCACGUCUCCUUUCUGGAUCCACGGCAACCGACACACAACAUCAAGUCAGUCAGCUCCAGAGAGAGAGGAAGUGGAAUCCGUUCAGUGAGUUUCUAUGAGCACAUCGUGACAGUGGGCACCGGCCAAGGUUCGCUCCUCUUCUAUGAUAUUCGGGCUCAGAGAUUCCUGGAGAACCCUUUGAAUCCUGUUGGAGGAUACCGGAAGUGCCCAGGAGAUGGCAUCCUCAAGCUCACCACUGGGAAAGGCUGGCUGAAUCACGAUGAGACGUGGAGGAGUUACUUCUCAGACAUUCAUUCCUUCCCUAACGCCGUGUACACCCACUGUUACGACGACUCUGGCACCAAGCUGUUUGUCGCGGGCGGACCUCUGUGUUCUGGCCUGCACGGGAACUACGCGGGACUGUGGAGUUAACCUCUUUGUCUCCUCCACUGCCACCACAUCCUCAUCAUCCAGUCCCCCAAGUUGGUUGCUCUCACAUGUGGACUCAGGAACAUGACUAUUGUUCUUGUGUAUAUUUGUACCCUUCAUUAUUACAUCCCCUCUUCUCUGCAGUUUAUGCUUCAUUUUAGUUUUUCCAUGUCAAAAUGUACAAACAAUUAAGUAGUCAUUUUCCAGAGCUGCACUGUGGAACUUAGUAGUAUUGGAAAUGAUUAAGAAUGAAGCUACACGUGUUCUCCUAAUUUAAAAAUAUUCUCAUCUAACCCACAAGGAUUAGGUUAUGGUCCUUUUUCUUUCUUCUUCUUUUUUUUUUUUUUACACAAUGGUAGUAUUUACUGCUGCUUUGUCUGUGAUAUGAGUGUCUUUGUGAAAUAUUUGUCAAAUUCUCUCUCAGAAAAGUAAUCUUUCUUCAUUUUCUUACUGAAAUAAAUGGCAAUAAAUAAAAGCGAGGCAGAGAGGAGGAGGACUUAAGGUGGUGUACAUGUUUAAGGACUGAAGCGGAGUGCAGGUUGAGGCCUGAGGCUUGGAGAGAGUUUGGUAGUUUGAACAGCCACAAUCCUGUUCUACAACAAUCAAAGAACUUCUGUCUGAAGUCAAAUGAAGAAGCCAAUGAAAAUGGGACUUUAUGUUGAUAAAUCUCUCACUGAAACGAUGUAAAGGUAAAACAUUAAGAUUGCUAAAUGUGUUCUGCUUUGAAUUAAUCUCAACAAAUGCUUAUUUUAUGGUUUGACACACCCUGGUACCCCUGAUGAUGAUGAUGAUGAUGAUGAUCCAGCUCUUUUCUCCUCUGCGUGUCACCUUUAUUCAGUAGAUCAGGGGUAUUUAUAUUGGCUUUUUUAAGUGAUCUGUUGUCUUUUAUUUUCACUUUGGCUUGUGUUCCUGACCUUUUUGAACAGAAUGUUUUCACAUUCAUUGUAGCCAUUCUUGUCAUUAGAGAUUUCCCCUAAAAUGUGUGUGUGUGUGUGUGUUUAAGUAGCAGGUUAAGCGUCAUCACAUCAGAUUGGGUAAAAUAACAGUGAAGCCUUUAAUGACUGGAUUUAAGAUCUGCAGUGGCUCACUUUCAUCCUCUCAUCUGAGCAACAAGGAUGAAGAAGUAAUGAUUUGUCUACAGGCACAUUACAUGUACUGUCACAGUUGUAAAUCUCCCUCUUCUUUUUAUAUCAAGGAGUGAGUGAUUUGUGCUCUGCUCUUUGUUUGGUGGAAGCAGGGUUGACUUGAGUUCUGUAUUUUUUUGCCUUCCUCGAGUCUCUCUCUCUCUCUCUCUCUGUAGGUCUACUACAGCCGAUCACAGUUUUCCCCUUUCAACAAGGAACUUCUCUGCGAUGUUCAUGAUAAUGGCAGAUUGAAAAUAGGAGACCCCAAAUUACGGCCACGCGUUGAACAACACUUAAAAAAGUGUAUUUUAUAUAUAAGCGUGUAUAUGUGUGUGUGUAAAAUACAUAAAAGACAAUUGCAUACAUUUUUAUGUAUAUGUCUGAGGAAGUAUGUGGGUUAAUGUGUCUAUUUGGUGAUGCCUUGUUUUUUUUAUAUAUAUAUAUAUAUAUACAUGCCUCAUGAAUGUUUUUACAAAUGAUUGAACCUGAGGAUAUUGUAAGAUAAACACCUGAAAAAAAUAUUAAAUCUUUAAAAAGAGUAAAUAAUAAAAAUGUAUAUUGAUGUAA